AUGUUUCGUAAUCAGUAUGAUAAUGAUGCAACAACAUGGUCGCCACAAGGGAGACUUUAUCAGGUAGAAUAUGCAAUGGAAGCGGUUAAACAGGGCUCUGUUGCCGUUGGAAUUGUUAGUAAAACUCAUGCUGUUUUGUGUGCGUUGAAGAGGAAUCCGGAGGAUUUGGGAAGUUAUCAGAAGAAAAUUGUUAUGGUUGAUGAACACAUGGGGUUUGCACUUGCAGGACUUACUUCAGAUGCUCGAGUACUUAGUAAUUUUAUGAGGCAACAAGCUAUUGCAUCUAGAGUUGUUUGUAACAGAAAAAUACCUAUAUGUCGUGCAGUAUCGUCAAUUGCAAAAAAAGCACAGAUCAAUACUCAACAAUAUGGAAGACGUCCUUAUGGAGUAGGUUUUUUAGUAAUUGGUUAUGAUGAUACGGGCCCACAUUUGUAUGAGUUUUUGCCGUCUGGUUCUAUUUUGGAGUAUAUAGGUGCAAGUAUUGGUGCACGUUCUCAGUCAGCAAGAACGUAUUUAGAGCGCUGUGUUGAUUUUUUUCCUGAUGCAACCAUGGAAAAUCUUAUUCUUCAUGGUCUUAGGGCAUUGCGAGAUUCCUUGGCUCAAGAUAAAGAAUUGACAUCAUUGAAUACAUCUAUUGCUGUUGUUGGUAAAGAUAUGCCGUUUAGACUUAUAGAAAAUGAUGAUGUUUCUGAAUGGCUUGUUAAAUUAGGUGAAACAUCGUUAUCGGCUUAUAGACAGUCUGAAAGGGCAGCUGCUACUGCUGUUGCUACUACUGCAGCUGCUCCUACUUCUACUGGUAGUGGUGCAACUGGAUCAGCAGGUGAUGUUAUGGAGACUGAUUAA